CUAGCAUCAUUCGGUUCGCAUCAGUAGCGCAGCGCUUCUCGCUCAGCUUUUGCCCACACGGUUUCCCACCGAUACUACCGCGUAUCAAGUGCGUGGUACCUGCGACCAGAGCGUAUCAUCGCUGCAGAAAUACCUGUCUACCAUUACUCAGAAUACCCGCUGCACACUUGUCACGUUGGUGCGCCAAGGAAUACGCUCUUUCGUGCGAAUCGUUGUUUACCUCCCCAGGGAGACGCAUUUUGGCUCGUUCGGUACUGACCUUAGCCUACUAGAUUGUGCGAGUGCGGGAGUUUUUCCGAGGGCUAAUCUGUCGAUCUAUUCCGACACUCUGGAACUUUUGUUUUUGUUGUUCCAUCUUCUUUUCGGGAUCUAUAUUGACUGACAUGGAUCCUGUGGGAUUUACGUAACUUUGUUCUUAUCGAAUACGCACUAAACGGAAACAUGUAAACUGAAGAUAGAAUCCAUUUACCCGAAACGUGAUGUGCCUAGGCAGUUUCUGGACAGCGUUGCAAUUGCUAUGGAGCUCCAUAUACAUAUUUUGUGGCGCCACACAAAUAGUAUCUGGCAUCUUCUUCCUUGUUUCCAUCCCAACAUUGAACUUCACCUCCAAUCUGGUGGCUGGAUUAAUUAAUGUUGUGAUGGGGGUUGCUGGGGGAGCUCUCGUUUGUUUCGGGAAGCUGUCACCCAGACGUCAGGAAGCUCUUCUCUAUAUUGCAUUCACGGUGUUGGCUGUCAACAUGGCUGCCGCUAUUUUGCGAGAAUGGGGACUCUACUUUCAGAACCUCACCGAAUUAUUGAAGGAUCAUCCUCAUCAUUUGUUAAUUCUGUACGGUUGUUUUGCUACCAGAAUAGUUGCAGUAGCUGUGAUUGUUGCAUCCUUCUUGGAUAGUCAGUUCGCCUUUUGUUCGAUGCAGAUUGGUGCCAAGGAUCACAGGGGUAUCCGAAAAAUCAAAGGAGACAGAAGAUCACGAGACAACUUGCCCGAUAUCGAAUACAUUAUUCCUAAACAAAAACCUUCGAAAUCCCCCUCCAAACCGCAUGCCAUCUACAACGCAUAUGCACAAAGUUGGGUCUUUGAUGUAGAUCAAGCGGCAGGAUCAAACAAUCUUGCAUCUUGCACCAAAUCUCUGCAGAAUGGCAGUCCAAAGAAGAAAGAAUCUCAGCUGAAUGGUCUCCCGAAAAAUCACCUCCCAACAACAACAAGCAGCCCUGAGAAGACACAGCACGUCGAUAAUCCUAUUGUAUAUAUAGAGGAAGCAUCGGACGAUAGCACGAGCAAUAGCGGCAGGAAAAUUGAAAAUAUGAAAAGUUUCUCCAGAACUGCUUCUCCUGUGCUACUGUCAGAAAGUUCUUCGCAAUCAAGUUUGAAUCUCAGUAGAACGAAUAAACCUCCAAUCUACGAAUAUUUGGAAAAAUUGACAGAACCUGAAGUUUACAGAUCCAGGCUAAAUUCCGCGCUAAGCGAUAGGGAGGAUAAGGAAUCUCUUGGUCAACAAAGCUGUUCAACUCUAACGAUGCACUUGAGAGACAGUGUGAGUCCACGGUCUGAAAAAGUACAGUACGCAUCCUUUAUGCAAGAAUUGCAGAAAGCGAUAGUAAGUAAGAAAGAAACCGGAUCCCCUCAGAGCACAAGUGAAAGUAUCUCAGUUUCUGAGAAAACGCAAACUAAUUCGAAGAGUAGCAGUAGACAGGAAUCUUCUAAAUCUGAGGCAAAAAGUAGCGAUGGUGAUUUUUCAAGAAAGCUAGAGGCCGCUCUUCAGCUCAUACAGGACUUGGAAAGUCCCAAUACCAUAGAAACUCCUUCAGAGGCGAAAUCUCUGGGAGAGUUCAAGGAGAGGGAGAGGCCCACAGCUCUCUGGAGGAACAGCAACGCUAGUAGUGAGGACAGUGAUAAAACUCAGACUGGCAUAGGUUCUAUUGGAGAAUUGACUUCACCACUUACAGAACGUCAACCUGAACUACGAACAUUCAAGCCUUCGCCGACUGGUAAGGGUGCUAGUAUCAUUGUUCAUCAUCCAAAUUCCCAAAGUACCUCCGGGUAUAGUUCACCAUCCCAUCCCGCGAGCUCCGCCAGUACUCCUACGCAAAACUGGUCCACCACCUCGUCAAUAAACGGUAGCAAUACCGAAAUCAUCCAACCAGUAUCAUAUUCAAUUCACAAUUCCAAAUGCACCACUGUCAUUUCCUUGUUCACGCCAAACGGUGUGAACCAGAAGGGAAAAUCUGUUACCUUAGUUUCUAUAACUGGCGACAACGACCCUGUAAUGCCAUCAGAAAUAAUACAAAGAUCUACCAACCUUGAAACAGACACUUCGUUAGUUAAAUCCGAUGGAUUGGCCAGAAGGGAAUCAACUGCGACCAGCCGAAACUACGGCUCGAAUGGUUGGAAGAGCCUUCUGAGAAAAAAGAAACAGACUCCAAAGUUGUGUCCUGAAUUGGAGGGUGCCAUUAUUAAAUCCGAAAGUUUAGCUUACUUGUCGGAUAUGGAACUGCUAGCUAGGCACCAAAGAAAUAACGAAAUGCAUAGGAAAAUAGAAGAGCGAGUGAUACAGCAAUUGGGAGUACCAAGGACUGAAUCUAAGUGUUGAAGAUGCCAAUUUGAAGACGUUCCAUCCUCGAGUAUCAAUUGAAAAACCCUUUCCCAAGCUGCUGGUCAGCCCUGUCCAUUUUCUAGUACUGAGAAACAUUUGUAAUAAUAUUUAUAUUUUCGAAACUGUAACAUUAUACUCUGUAUAUAUUGUUGUUUUAGUUAUAUAGUUUAUACGAUUUAUUCUAUUUAAAUAAAUCCCUUUUCCUAA